AUGUCUUCUUCCAUCUUGAGAUCUUCUAUUCGUCGUAAUGCCGUCAUUGCCAACAAGCGUUUCUAUUCCGCUCCUCCCCCACCAACUGCUUCUGCCGCUGCCAACAACCAACAAGGCGGUGGAAACGGUGGUCUCCUCUUGGGUUUAGCUGCUGCUGGUGGUAUCGGUUACUAUUUGUAUCAAAGAUCUGUUGAAGCCAACAAGGGAACUCUUGAAAAGAAGGGUGAAUUGAUUGACCAAAAGAUUCAAGAAGGCAAGCAAGCUGCUAGUGAUAAGGCUAAUGAAGCCAAGGCCAAGUAUGAAGAAAAGAAAUCUGAAGCUGGUCAAGCUAUCGAUCAAAAGGUCAACGAAGCCAAGGGUAAAUACGAGGAAGGAAAGGCUAAUGCCAGUGCCAAGGUCGAGGAAUUGAAGAAGGAUGGUGCUGAUAAAUAUGAAGCUGCCAAGGAAGCUGCUGCUCAAAAGGGUCAAGAAAUCCAAAAGAAUGUUGGUGAUAAGGUUGCUGAUGCUGGCAAAUCUCUCAAGGACAAGGCUUAA